AUGGCGAGCAUCAGGGACCUGUACAGCAACAAGGACACGGCCGGGUUGGAUUCCAACUUUGGCGUCGACUAUGUGAUCAACUACAAGAUUCCCCAGGAAGAGAGAACCGAAGCCGAAGCCAACUUUGUCCAGCUCAUUGAGGGCUUGACGAGCGUGGGACUGACCACCGAGGUCCGCAGGGGCGACAAGCACUCCCUGCUCAUUUUUGUCAAGAUCGCCUCCGACAAGUUCCUCGCCGACCAGGUCUAUCGCUCCCGACUGCAGGACUGGCUGCAUGGCGCCCGCACCGUCGGCCCCGACUCCGACCUCUCCCAGGCCCUCCGCGAUGAGCCCGUCUCGGACGCCGAGCGCCUGCGUCUGGUAUAUCUCCUAAUCAUCAAGCCCAAGAACGAGGGCGGCGCCGGCAUCACACCCCAGUCCGGCCGCUGGAAGCAUGUGGACUGCGUCUUUCCCCUGCACAACCACGUCUUCAACAGGCAGUGGAUUAAGAAGGUGAGCACCAAGGGCCAGACCGACGACACCGACCUCGACGAGAUCCGCGACAAGUUUGGCGAGAACGUUGCCUUCUACUUUGCGUUCAUGCAGUCCUACUUCAAGUUUCUCGUCUUCCCCGCCGCCGCCGGCUUCGCGGCCUGGAUGUUCCUCGGCCAAUUCUCUUGGCUGUACGCUUUGGCGAGCUGCCUGUGGUCCGUCGUUUUCUUCGAGUUCUGGAAGAAGAAGGAGGUCGACCUAGCCGUCGAGUGGGGCGUCCGUGGCGUAUCCAACAUCCAGCACCCGAGGCCGCAGUUUGAGUACGAGCGCCAGGCCGAGGACCCCAUCACCGGAGAAGCCGUCAAGAUCUACUCGCCCAUCAAGCGCCUCCAGACGCAGCUUCUCCAGAUUCCCUUCGCCGCGGCCUGCAUCGUGGUGCUUGGCUCUCUCAUCGUGACAUGCAACUCGCUGGAGAUCUUCAUCAAUGAGGUUUACAACGGCCCGUUCCAGGCGUAUCUGGGCUUUCUCCCAACCAUCAUCUUGGUCGUAAUGACGCCCACCUUCUCCACCGUCCUUACCAAGUUCGCCAACCGUCUGACGGAGAUCGAGAACUACGAGACCAUUGACGCCCACCACGCCGCCCUGGUUCAGAAGGAGUUCGUUCUCAACUUCCUGACCUCGUACAUGGCACUCUUCUUUACAGCAUUCGUCUACCUCCCGUUUGGAGACCGGCUCACACCGUUCCUCAACUUCUGGCGGUCCACCGCCCAGAUGCUCACUCCCAAGGAUGUCAGCUUCCAGACCCAGGAGUUUGUCAUCAACCCCGAGCGCAUUAGCAAGCAAAUGUUCUACUUCACCGUGACCGCCCAGGUCGUCAACUUCGCCACCGAAGUCAUCGUGCCGUACGUCAAGCGCCAGGUGUUCCAGGAGGUUCGCGAGGUGCAGUCCAAGAUGGCCAAGGAGGACGAUGCUGCCAAGAUCAAGGACCCCGCUGAAGAGGCCGCCUUUUUGGAGAGAGUGAGAAACGAGGUCGAGCUCGAGACGUAUGAUGUUACCAGCGACUACCGCGAGAUGGUCAUUCAGUUUGGAUAUCUCUCCCUCUUCUCGGUCGCGUGGCCCCUGACGGCUUGCUGCUUCUUGGUCAACAACUGGGUCGAGAUGCGGUCCGACGCCGUCAAGAUUGCUAUCAGCAGCAGACGUCCCAUCCCGUGGCGUGCGGACUCGAUCGGACCUUGGCUCAACGCUCUCGGGUUCCUCUCCUGGUUGGGCAGCAUCACCAGCGCGUCCAUCGUUUUCCUGUGCAGUGCCAACGGCGACGGGCCGCGUGGAACACCGUCCAGCAUCAAGGCCUGGGGUUUGCUGCUCAGCAUUCUCCUUGCUGAGCACUUUUACUUUGCCGCGCAGUUCCUCGUUCGUCUGGCGUUUAAGAAACUGGACAGCCCCGGACUGCAGAAGGAGAGGAAGGAGCGCUUCCUGAUGAAGAAGAGGCUCCUUGAACAGAACCUGGGCCAGGGUGUUUCCGACCAAGCUGCCACGCCUGGUAUUGAGAAGACUGAGGAGAUUACCCUCCAAGCGUUGGAGGAGGAGGCUCGCAGGAUUUCCACUCAGGGCCACGGAGGCCCAGAGGAAGCACAGCGCGGUAUGGGCGAGACCAUUCAGAUCGGCAGGAGCUUGAUCGCACAGAGCACUUCCGGCAACAAGACCAAGGCGUGA